AUAAACUUCCACAAAAUUCCAUACCGCGCACGGCGGUGCCUUUUUUUCUCGCCACCAAACCAAACCACCUCCCCUCUCGUACCUCCUUGUUGUUGUCGUGUGCUGGACUUGGGUGGUCUUCUUGUGAGCUUCGUGCGUCUGUCAAACGGAAGGGAAACAAACGACAAUGCGCCCCAUUGCUUUGAACGGUCAUGAUCGAGCCUUGACCAAGGUUCGCUACAACCGCGAGGGUGAUCUCCUCUUCUCCGUGGCCAAGGACAAGGUUCCUUGCGUCUGGUACUCACACAACGGCGAGCGCAUCGGCACAUACGAGGGCCACGAGGGUACAGUGUGGUCGUGCGACGUCGAUUAUCUCUCCGAGCACCUGGUCACAGCCUCUGCCGACAACACCCUCAGGGUGUGGGAUGUGCAGACCGGCAAGUCGCUGGCUAUGAUUGAGACAAACACGGCUGUGAGGUCGUGCUGCUUCUCGCUUGACGGGCGCAGCAUCAUGUACUCGACGGACCACGCCAUGGGCUACCCUUGCUACCACCGCAUUGUGGACCUGCAGCAGCUCAAGCAAGAGGGCGGCAAGGCGAAGCCCCGCUAUGAGACGGAGAUUAAGGUCAAGGAGAAGCGCAUCACAUCGCUGCUGUGGGGCCCGGACUCGUGCUUCACCGCACACGCCAACGGCGACAUUGUCUCCUGGGACCUCGAGACGAAGAAGCCCAAGGCGUUCCAGUCUGCCCACAAGGGCAUCAUCAUGGAUCUUCAGUUCAAGAGCGAUUUCAUGUUCAUGAUCAGCGCCUCAAAGGACCACACCGCAAAGGUGUUUGACUGCGACACGAUGGACAUUGUGAAGACAUUUGAGACGGAGCGUCCUGUCAACGCGGCUGCCAUCUCCCCGACCAGAGACCACGUCAUCCUCGGUGGCGGUCAGGAGGCCCGCGAUGUCACAACCACACACGGCGCCGCAGGAAAAUUCGACGCACGCCUCCACCACCUGGUGCUUGAGGAGGAGAUUGGCCGCAUCAAGGGCCACUUCGGUCCCAUCAACACACUCGCCUUCCACCCCACCGGCAAAGGGUACGCAUCUGGUGGUGAGGAUGGUUUCGUGCGCGUGCACGAGUUUGAUGACAUCUACUUUGACUUUGAGUUUGAGUACUAGAUGAACAGACGCCAGCCCAUCAACCAGCCCCUUCGCCCUUCUUCCUUGUCCCCCUCGCUGUUGUUGUCGUCGUGGCUUGUUCGUUGUUAACACCCCGUUUGUGCCGUGGGCCAUGCGUGUCAUCAUGUGUCAUGUGUGACGUGUGACAUGAGACUGCAAUUGAUGCUUCAUUUCUUGGCCUCUCUCUUUGUUGUUGUAUUGACUCGUGUGUUCGUCCCCCGUUUCCGCUUCUCCUCUCUGUGUGCGUUGUCAUGUAUUGCGCCAAUGAAAUGCCAACAACAAUCCUCUUUAGAAGUCUGUUCAAUCAAACAACAACAUCACACGUACAAACCAAAACAAACACAAAC